AUGGAAGCCGCAAUGCGAGCCGCUCUGAGGAUCCCUAAAUGUCACGCCUACGAAGCGAACGAUAUAAGCUACCUCAAAUUCAAUGCGAUCCCGGUGGCUGUGUGCACAUGCAUUUCAAGCUACGCGGUCGACUUCUGGGAUAUUCCCCGCCUACCUCAGGAACCCGAUCAGCUCCACGCUGCUAGCAACCUGAUGCGUGAACGUAUCCGCAACUUUAUCACUGCCGUGAUUGAGUGCGGGCAUGCAUGA